AUGUCAAUACCCAUUCCAGAGAGUGAAGUGAAUACAGAUCAUUACAACAUGAAAUUAGUAAAUGUUUAUGCUUCGAUGGAAUACGAAACACUGGACCCCGAUACAGGUUUUGCUGGAUCAGUCUGUUCCUACACUUGUCCAGAAAAUUGUAGGAUAUCACAUGAAGCUGCGACAUGUAACGUUGAUACCGGAGAAUGUUUACUCGGUUGCCAGCGAGGAUAUGCCGGACCAAAUUGCACUUUUGAGUGUCCGAUCAGUUGUGGCAUAACGGACGAGCUGUACACACAGACUUGUAACGCAACUUCAAGCCAAUGUUUGUUUGGUUGUUUGCGAGGAUACGGAGGAUCAGACUGUUCUGUUAAGUGUUCAUUGACGUGCAGACAACCUUCAACUUACAACAUUGAAACUUGUGACAAAACCGGUGAAUGUUUACAUGGUUGCUUUCCUGGUUAUGUUGGUCCAUAUUGUUCUUAUGAAUGUCCUGAAAAUUGCUCGCACAACAUUCUUAGCACUACAAAUAUAUGUAAUUACAGUACGGGUGAAUGUUUACAUGGUUGUAAACCAGGAAAUGCCGGUCCGUUUUGCUCGUACGAAUGUCCUUCAAACUGUAUGACUCCAGUAGAUAUGGAAACAGAAACCUGCAACUACACAAACGGUGAAUGUAUGCAUGGUUGCACGGAUGGGUAUGCUGGACCAGACUGCUAUUUUGAAUGUCCUUCAAACUGCAUUUUUUCAUCUGAGAACGAGACGGGUACAUGUAAUCAUAAAACAGGAGAAUGUUUGCAUGGAUGCAAUCAAGGUUAUGCUGGAAACAAAUGCUUUGUUGAAUGUCCACAGAACUGUGCUCAUACUAACAAUAGAGGUGACGAAAUCUGUAACGCAAAGUUUGGGGAAUGUUUGUACGGUUGUAAAGAUGGCUUUUAUGGUCGAAAUUGUACAUACGCAUGUUCUGCUGUAGACCCAAAUUGCAAGCUAUGUACUGCAAAGAAUGAUGACAGACUUAAUACCAGCAACAUCUACGCUAAGGUUAGGCGAUCAUAUAAGGAUAAAUACAGUAUGGUGGAAAAAUAUAAAAGGAAUGAAAUGAUCAUAAUGGAAUCGUAUGCGAUGAAUGCAGCAAAAACUUCUAUCGAGGCAGUGGUAAAUGCGUUGCAUGUAACUACUGGUGUAAAUGGGAUCCAACUAGUCCUUUACCGACUUGCAGGGAAACUGACGGAUAUUGUAACUUCGGUUGUAAGAGGAGUCGCUAUGGUUCGGUUUGUGUAUUCAGAUGUUCCUCUACCUGCAAAGAUAUUUGUCAUAGAGAAACUGGGAUGUAAUCCUAACUACUGGGGAGAGAAAUGCAAGCAAAACUGCAAUGUAAACUGCAACAAGCCAUUAGACGGCAGCAUUGCUACAUGCGACAGCAUUAAUGGGACCUGUCUUUCGGGUUGUAAUGAAAAUAAGUUCUGGGAUAAUUAUUGCGAUAAAUCCUGCUCAGACGGUUGUUUAUAUGGAACAUGUCAGAAGGAAUCCGGAAACUGCACUGACGGGUGUACAUCUAAGACUGUAUAUGGCUUGCGUUGUGAUGAAGCAUGCAAUGAAAAUUGUCUUGAUGGCACGUGCGAGAGAGACGACGGUUAUUGUGACGUUGGUUGUUCUGCAGGAAGCUAUGGGAAACGUUGUGAUAGGACAUGUAAUAAAAAUUGUAUAAAUGGCACGUGUAACAGAGAAAAUGGAAAUUGCGAUAAUGACUGUGUUGUAGGCAGCUACGGUGGUCCGUGUGAUUUAGUUUGCAGUGACAAAUGUUUGAACAAUACUUGUGAGAGAACAAAUGGUAACUGCACUGAUGGUUGUAUAUCAGGAUACGAGGGAGUUUUCUGCGAAAAUGUCGAGGACAUUAAAACAAUGUAUUAUAACAAACAAGGUAGGAAAACGAUUGCUUACUUAUUGCAGUAUUCACUUCUAAUCAGUUAA